AUGGAAGGCACUGUCACACUUUUUCUCUCUUUAGGCUGCCACAUCAUCGCCCCUUCUGAUAUGAUGGAUGGACGAAUUGCAGCCAUUAAGCAAGCACUAAUCAGUAAUGAUCUUGGCAACAAGGUGUCAGUGCUGAGCUACAGUGCUAAAUUUGCCUCCUGCUACUAUGGACCAUUCAGGGAUGCUGCCCAGUCUAAACCUGCUUUUGGAGACAGACGAUGCUAUCAGCUUCCCCCUGGUGCCAGAGGACUAGCACUGCGGGCCUGUGACCGGGAUGUGAAAGAAGGUGCUGACAUGCUGAUGGUGAAACCUGGAUUACCAUACCUUGAUAUUGUGAGAGAGGUCAAGAAUAAGCACCCUACUCAUCCACUGGCAGUGUACAAUGUAUCAGGCGAAUUUGCCAUGUUGUGGCAUGGAGCUGAAGCUGGAGCUUUUGAGCUGCGCACUGCAGUUAUGGAGGCUAUGACUGCCUUCCGUCGAGCAGGAGCUGACAUCAUUAUCACCUACUACGCUCCUCAAUUGCUCACAUGGUUAACGGAGUAAUCUGUUGAUUCUCCUGUGUGAAUAAACCUGGAUCAAAGCAAACUCUUUAUUUUUAAACUUUCUCUUUCUCUUUUCUCUUUUUACACAAAUCAGUCUUUUCAGAAGAUUUUUUUAUAUGAUUUAUGUAUUUAGUUAGAAACGCAUGUAAGCAAACUGUGAUUUUUCUAGUUCUCAAAUUUGGGUGUUUGGUGUAUUACUUGAAAAGUGUUUUCAUUAAGAUAUGUUUCACUGACUACAGUGUAAAACUGUCAUAAGACUCAAGUCAUGGAAGGCACUGUGUCUCAAUUCAGCAGCUCUGAGUAAAACUCCCAGCCACUUUGGCAAAUUAUGUGUUUUAAUAUGAAUAUCCGUAUGUCAAGGCUAAUGAUGCAAAUAACACUGUAAACCAUGCAUUAAAUAGAGUUUUUACCAGGCAAUGGUUCACUACUAUUAGAAAUAGAGCAAAGAAAAGAGAUCAAUAAUUGGGGGAACAAGAAGGGGGUGAAUUAACAAAAAUUAAAGAUGACCUAACGAACACCCCUUGGUUGAAAAAAAUUGAAGGGAAAGGUGUAAGAGACUGUAUACAAAUUUGAGUUUUGACUGAGCGGCUUUGUUGUCUCCACCAAUAAAGUUUAUGUUUUGGCAUCUGGAA